GACGAGUCGGUCGGACCGAAAGUCUGGAAAUAAGGCCGCGGAACCGGGCGUCGGAGGCCGUUUUGCCGGGAGGGGAGCGGAACGGGCUGUUAGGCCCCGAGUGAUGGGAGAAGAGGGGGAGUUUGCGGAGUUUGUUAGAGAGAAAAAUUCCCAAACGGGUGGAAAAACGUCAGCGGAGCGGCCCGAGUCGGUCCGCGUUCUCCCCCUUUCGUCCGUCUUGGCGGAACGAAAAAUCCGACGGGAGCGCUAGUUGGAGCGUCCGGCGCUAAAUAAUGGCAGAAGGACGAGGCGGUGGAAGAUCCUCGGACGUUAAAAGGACUUUAAAUGAGAAGAAUGCGGACCGACAAGAGGAAAUUGGUUUUAUUAUUUGCCGUUAUCGCCGUCUGCCAGCUGACAGAAUGUAAGAGGAGCAGAGAUAAGGACGGCAAACACGUCAGAUCGCCCGCAGCCAAACAAGCAAGAUUACAUCACCGCAAAGGAACGAUCUCGGACCGGACGGAAGAUCCCUCGGGACACAACGAAGAAAUUGCCAACGUCCUGGCCUCGUCGGACAAAGUCGACUGUCACAAGGCGGCGGUUCACUGGUGCGGAAAGAGUUUCACCAAAGUUUCCAAACUGUUGAACUUCUUGUCCGGAGACCAAGCCUUUCAAGCCAAGUGCGCCCUUAGAAAGGCGUUCUUCACCUGUCUGGACAAGAUCAAGGAGAAGCCCUGCAAGAAGUACCACAAAUUCCACAAAGACGACAACUUCCGCAAGAAGCUGGCCGACAAACUGUGGGCCACCAGGGGCUGCGUCCUGGGCGUCAAAGACGCUUAAUGACCGCCCCUCCCCGGCCGCGGACAACAAGACAUGCCAAAUUAACCGGACGAAAAUUUACUUUCGGUCCGGUUUACCGAACAAACGGUUUCCUCCAUUAAACGUUAUCGUCGUUUCUUUUCCGUCACAUUACUGUACAAAAUGUAUAUUACCGUCGUCCGGGAGUUUUGUAAUUACCUGUCCGUCGAAUCGGAACGCGACCACCCCCGCCGGAGUUCCGAAUGUAUAAAUUUUCAAAUAAAAUCCGUGUCCUCGUA